CCGUGCAAGCAUGCUGCGCACGCCAAAGGCGACGCACAUGACAUAAUCACAGACUGUAGCAGCUUCUCUACCACCAACUGGUCAGCUUCAUUUCUGCCUGUAUAAAUUAACAAGGACAACGAGGGUAUUAUUAUUAUCUUCAACUCCAAAUUCAGUUCAUAGCACAGAAACAGGAGAGCAAAUAGUUUAAUCGUGAGAGGAAGAGAUCGAUCGAAAACGAUGGCCGGGGAAGGAGACGAUGUGAAGCUGCUGGGCACGGUGGUGAGCCCGUUCGCGGUCCGCGUGCGCAUGGCCCUGCACCUCAAAGGUGUGAGCUACGAGGACCUGGAGCAGGACGUGUUCGACAAGGGCGAGCUCCUCCUCGCAUCCAACCCGGUGCGCAAGAAGGUCCCCGUGCUCAUCCACGACGGCAGGCCCAUCUGUGAGUCGCUCGUCAUCGUCGAGUACGUCGACGAGGUCUGGGCCGGCGCGGCCCCGCUCCUCCCCACCGACCCCCACGGCCGCGCCGACGCGCGCUUCUGGGCAGCCUACGUCGACGACAAGGUGGUCACCGCGAUGUUAGGCAUCCUGCGCGCGACCACCGAUGUGGAGCGGGCGGAGAGGCCCGACGCCGCGCUCGCGGCGGUCAGGCCCUUGGAGGACGCCUUUGCCGAGUGCUCUGGCGUCAAGGCCUUCUUCGCCGGCGACUCUGUCGGGUACCUCGACCUCGCGCUCGGGUGCCAUCUCUUCUGGUUCGAGGCGCUCCGCGAGAUGUUCGACGUGAUGAUCAUCGACGCCGGCAGGACUCCGCGCUUGGCCGCCUGGGCUGGGAGGUUCGCGGAGACAGAGACGGCCAAGAAGGCGGCGUCACCCAUUAAGAGCAUAGUGGAAUACGCCGGGAAGCUGCGGGCUAUCUGGGCUGCCAUUGCCGCGGCUGCCAAGUAAUUAAGUGGCUGGGAAGAGCUUCUUGAUUCGGCCCGACUCGAAUUGGAUCUCCUUUAACAGUUUAACAUAUGUAGAUUUCAUUUUUCUACAAACAGUGUUCACAAUAAAAUGGUCAUUUAUUUUGAAAGUUGUGGCUGAGCAACCCACUUAUCUUGUCCAUGGGUGUAGUACAACAUUAUAUGAUAUCAGAACAAAUGGAGAAAAUUUC